CCGGCGUCACUGAUCAGAUUUUGCGCAGUAAAAAACCAUAGCCAUCAACGACGAGCUGCGGAAGCUCAACAACUCAAAAUCCCAGCUUGACUCACUGAGUCUCCCCCCUUUCUCCUCGCUUCCUCUCUACACUGCAAAUGAAGUGAAUGAACCCUAAGAUUUUCACUUUCAUCUCUAGAACAAUGCCAUCAUCUCCUAAAUUCUUCCACGCCCGCUCAUCACCCUCCACGCGCAGAUCAACCGUCUUGGUUGUCUCCGCCUGUCUCCUCAUCGGAAUGGUUGGAUUCGCCGUCGGACUCGCUACCAUCCUCUCCGCGAGUUACCGGCAGGGCUACAACUGCCUCACCAACCGCCAGCCCACCUCAGUACGCGUAAUUUGGGACUCUAACAGCAACUAUAAGCUUAACAAUGGCAUUGUCGAUGUUGAAGUGAAGAGACACAAAGUGAUGGCGUUUGUGGGCAUUCAAACCGGGUUUGCAUCAACAGGUCGCAGACGGUCCCUUAGGAUGACAUGGAUGCCGUCCGAUCGGCAAGGUCUUCAACGCUUGGAAGAGUCUACUGGUUUAGCUUUCAGGUUUGUUAUCGGUAGAACAAAGGAUAAGGCAAAGAUGGAAGAACUCAGAAAGGAGGUUGCCGAAUAUGAUGAUUUCAUGCUACUAGAUAUUGAGGAAGAGUACAGUAAGCUCCCAUACAAAACGUUAGCCUUCUUCAAGGCAGCAUAUGCUCUCUUUGAUUCUGAUUUCUAUGUCAAAGCUGAUGAUGACAUAUAUUUGAGACCAGACCGCCUUUCAUUGCUAUUGGCUAAAGAACGUCCUCACUCUCAGACUUAUCUUGGAUGCAUGAAAAAGGGUCCAGUUUUUACUGAUCCAAAGCUUAAAUGGUAUGAACCUUUAUCCCGUUUGCUGGGGAAUGAGUACUUUCUUCAUGCUUAUGGUCCAAUAUAUGCUCUUUCUGCUGAUGUUGUGGCCAGUUUGGUUGCUCUCAGAAACAACAGUUUCCGGAUGUUCAGUAAUGAGGAUGUUACAAUUGGUGCCUGGAUGCUUGCAAUGAAUGUUGACCAUGAAGACAAUCGAGCACUAUGUGAACCAGAGUGUACGCCAUCUUCUAUUGCUGUUUGGGAUAUUCCCAAAUGUUCAGGGCUUUGUAAUCCAGAAAAGAAGUUGUUGGAACUCCAUAAAAUAGAGAGCUGCUCAAGUAGCCCAACUUUUGCAUCUGACGAUGAAUAGUAGUGCUGCUAAACUUUAAUUUGGUCAAACAAACAAGGUAACUCAGGAAAUUGUUCUUUCAACUACAGUGUAACCAAUUCUUUAUAGUCCCAAAUCCCCAAUCCGCAAUUAUCUUUUCCUUUUUUUGUAUGUAAUAUAUUAUUUCUUCGGAUGAUAUGCAAGUUGGGAAAAAAUGAAACUUUUACACUAA